CACAUUACAUGUCACGUGAUCAUAACAAAAUGGCGAAUUCGUACAGUUCAGUGCAUCCACAACGUCAAUUCUUAAACGAAAAAAAUCCGGAUAUUGACACGUAUGGUUUAAUCGGGGUAAUUGAUGACAAUUUUUACGGUCAACCGGCUGCGGAUAUUUAUUCAGACAAACAAUUACGUACGGGUGAAUUCGAAAUUGGUGGGGUAAAAUGUGAUGACGAAGAUGGUGGGCUUUCAGAAUUUGACGCCGUGAGCGUUAUAACGAAAAAUAAACAUGUUGCACCACGACUGGUAUUUUUGGGAUCGGAUGAACAUUUAAAUUCGAGUAACUAUGGUUAUGCAGCUGAUUCUGACUAUAGUGACAGGAAUAGAACCUUAAGUGACAACACUCGCGUACCUGAUUUAUUAAAAUCUCAAAAUGGUGGUGCACCUGUUAGUCGGACAGUAAGAACUCAUUCGAGAAAUUCACACACUUCUCACGUGUCGUCGGAUUCGGAUCUACUUGCAGAACUUGACGAACAUUUUGCAGAAAACGAAAUGAAUCGGAUUCAGUUAUUGUCUUCCAAUUUGGAAGUUGGUGAAGACGCGUCUUCCGACAAUGGGUGGCAUUGUCACGAUGGCACCAUAAAAAAUCCGCUAGACAAGACAGCAAGGAAUCAACUGAUCGCUGUGUCAAUAUUGUGUAUUUUGUUUAUGAUCGGUGAAACUAUAGGUGGUAUUCUUUCCAACAGCCUGGCAUUGUUCACCGAUGUUCUUCAUUUAGGCAGUGACCUGUUCAGCUUCCUGAUAAGCCUGUUUGCCAUGUACUGGGCAAGAAAACCUGCCACUAAAAACAUGUCCUUUGGAUAUCAUAGGGCUGAGGUCCUUGGUGCUCUAGUUAGCGUUUUUUUCAUCUGGUCAGUCACGGGUGUCCUGGUAUACGUGGCAGUGGAGCGUAUUGUGCACAAACACUAUAUGGACGUGAAAGCUAACGAGAUGUUGAUAACUGCUGUCCUGGGCCUCAUCUUCAAUGUCGUGAUGGGCGUGGUUUUACACUCGGAGAUUUGCUGCAAAAGCAGGGGUGGUCACUCCGGUUUCGGUCAUGGUCAUUCACACGGCGGAUCUCACAGCCACCACUCUCAUGGUCACGCACAUUCUGAAAUCUCGAGUACGGGUUAUCUCCCAUUGGCAGAAGAAAGUGACCCAUGUCUUGGUUCCCAGGAUGAGGAAAUUGCCAUAGAAACAGAACCAGAACCAAAGAAGUCUCAUCCCAAGAAUAUUAACGUUAGAGCAGCGUUUAUUCACGUGAUAGGGGACAUAAUCCAGAGUCUGGGAGUGUUGCUGGCGGCCAUUAUAAUAAAACUGAAGCCUGAAGACCAAUACAAGUUGGCUGACCCAAUAUGUACGUUCUUGUUUUCAAUACUGGUGCUACUUACAACCGUAAAUGUUCUUCGAGAUACAGUCAGGAUCAUCAUGGAAGGUGUGCCUCGGGACACAAACUAUUUCGAUAUCAAGACCAACCUGUACAAGAUAAAAGAUGUGAAAGCAGUCCAUGGACUGACAGUGUGGUGCCUCACCUUAGAGAAAAAUGCUCUUGCCGUGCAUCUGUCUGUUGACCCAGCCAGUGACCACCAGCGUGUUCUCUCCGAGGCCACAGAUAUGCUGCACAAACGCUACAGCUUCCUCCACACAACCAUCCAAGUGGAGGACCACAACCCCAAACUGGUGGCAAAAUGCAAGGACUGCACUGAGCUGAAAAAGUAGUUCCAGAAAAAGUAGUUAUGAGAAAAAGUUGUUCCCAGAAUAAGAAUUUACAGAGAAAAAUGUAUCAAAAAGAUUGUUCAAUGUUGUUUGGUCAUUGCCCAAGGCUGAAAAAGUAGGUCCAGAAAAAUCAGUUCUGAAAAUUAGUUGCUUCAGGAAUAAGAAUUUUCAGAGAAAAUAGUUUCAAAAAGAUUGUUCCAGUUAGUUUAUGGGAGUGUUAAAAUGGAAUAUUCUUGAGAAGACGAAUUUAAAUAAACAUCCUAUUGGAGGACAACAAUCCCAAGAUUGCCCUGGGCUGAAAAAGAAGUUUCAGAAAAAAGCAGGUCCGUAAAAAUAGAAGUUCCUUGAGGUGUUCAAGUUGAUAAAGACGAGGUGACGUCACGCCCACCUGCAGAGUUUAGACUCCACCCACUGGUCGGCAAAUGGUAUGGUGGAGGUAUUCAUGUAAGCACGUAAAGAAAAGCUGACAUUAUGUUUGUUUAUAUUCCCUACAAUUAUAAACAUUACAUUUUAUUUACCUAUAUGUAUGAGACGCAAAGCUUUUAUAAACAAUUAUAUUGUUGUUAUUACUUGUUUUUAUUGAUAAUUAACAAGGUAUUGAAUACAUGCAGUGUAUUUUGUGUUUACCACAUAAAUCCCUCUAAUUGACACACCCCAGCAAUCAAUUUUUUUAGAUGAAAAAAAAACACAUCAGAAAACAAACGUGUUUCACAGUAAAUUAAAGUGAAUGUAUGAAAACAAACAGUUAUGAAAGCAAAAAACAAAUACUAGUAGAUAAAUUCAAUUGGCAUGUGAAAAACAUAUAAUAACUUAGUGGAACUUCUAUUAGUCUUUAUAGAAAUAAACUUGUAAGUUGUUACACAUUAACGAAAAUCUUUAUUUAUAUAAUUGUUUUAAUUAGAUUUGUUGGGUCCAAAUUUUACACUCUUUGUUUGAGCAUAUAUAUUUCCGGUGAUAAAUAAAAAUAAUCCCACACUUCCAAACUAACAUUAAUUACAAACUUCAUUGUCCCCAAAUUUGAAGCUCUAAUUUGUAAUUUUUAAUGUUGAACAUUCCCCUACUGUGUUUUCAUAUAAAAUUUGAAGCACUUUGUAUAUUAUUACUAUGUGAUUUGUUAUUGUUUUAUUUUGUCUUACUUAAUUGCUUCAUUAAAUGAUUUAUAUAUUUCUUCACAGACCAUUUUAAGUACGAUGAGCAUGCGUUCACAGUGGUACAUAUUUCAGUAUCAGACUUUGAUGUUGGGGUGGAGGGGUUGGUAAAAUUUUGGGUUAUUUAAAAAAUAUUUAUUUUUUCCAAAUGACUGCCGAAAAUUUUAAAUGAAGGUUUCCAACAAAAAAUAUGUUAUGGCUUCAUCUCAAAAGCUACCAGGGCAACAGAUAAGGAUCGUUUUAUCGCUUUUACGAUUUGUAUUUUACAGAAAACGAAUUUAAAUAAAAAAUUGAUCGUACAAUAAAUGAUUAAGAAAUGAAAAAAAAAAACGAAUUGCAUUCGAUUCUUUGUCGUUUUAUUUUACCAAUUAUCUUACUGUGUUUGAUUUGAAUUAGUAUAUUGUAACUUUUAGUGCGGUCGUAAUAUUAGUGACAAGUUUAUAUGAACCAGUGUCCGACAAAUUUCUUAUUUUUCAGGUAGCCCACUGGGCUACCAAUAAAAAUAUUUGGUAGCCCAUAAAAUUUUCCUACAAAAUGAUAAAAGGCAGGUUUUCAUCUUUAUUUUAUUUCUUCAUUUACAUAUACAUAAUAUGUAUACAUACAUAUACAUAAUACAGCAAGUAGUCUGAUGUACACAGUCAAUAUCGUAAAUCAAUGUUACAGUACAGGCACCGUGUACUUAAAUGUAAAUGUACCAAAGAAAAUCAUAUACUGCAUGUAGAUAUAACAUGUAUGUGCACAUGUAUGUGUACCUUAAUUCGGACAGCACGUUAAAUCGGAAACGUAAAUAUAGCGUUUAAAUGAUCAAUACGAUUGACUGAAAUUGCCCUUUUUAACAACAAAUACCGAGUUUCAAGAAAUCAAGAGUAUUAAAUCAUUUAUUUACCUGUGUCCGACUUUAAGUACUGUCCGAAUUUACGUAUUGCAUCCGUAUGUUACGACACUUGUGCGCAGUCAGUAUACAAUACAAUAAUUGUUUCAAUAAUGAAGGAACUGAUACAGCGUAACGGUAACGAUACAGCGUGUUUACACUAUAUUUUAUUAAGAGGAAAUGUCAAUGCCAAAUAAUUCGCGAGAUAACCCGGUACUUUAGUUGAAAUUCACAACGAUACUUUUAAUGGAAAUUAAAUGAUCUCCAUGUUGUACCCGCUACGAAAUUUUUAUUCACUAAUAAAUACACUAACGCCAAUCUUCGCGCGCUUUUUAUCUGGACAAAGAAAUUCAUUUAUUAAAUGUAGAAUUUUGUAACCUAAAAUAGCUGUACACAACGCGUGCAAACCGUGGCAGGUGAUUUACGCAUGUUGCAAUACAACGGUCCUGAUUUGGAGCUUAUUUCAUCAUAUCUUUAAAUAGAUCCAUAUGCCGAAAUUCAUUUGACACUUUAGAAAAUUUCAAACAUUUUUGUUUAUGACUCUUAUCGUCUAUAUUACCCACCCAUAAUUUGGUUUUAAAAAUAUAAAUCGGGCAUAUAUGGUAUUAUUGAUUUACAGUCGAUUAAUCCAAUUAUUAAUUGACAAUGCAAACUAAUUAGCAGGUGUUAACCGCGUUCACACCGUUGUUAUUAAUUUUCAUUUUCGGUUUCGUUACCGUUUUGAAGAAUCCGCUAUUGUUUUGAUUUAUUUAAUGUUUUGCGUCCUUGGAUAUUUAACGACAUCAAAAACGUUGUCGGUAUUACUCAUUGUUGCGGUUAACAAAGAAUUCCAUACUGCGAAAUGAUGUCGCAUCAUGUGCGCCAACUAUCCAACCGGCUCCCAUUAUAUUAUUAGCAGACGACAAAUGUUGAUUCUGAUUGGAUGAUUAAAAUACACUGUUACUGUUUACGACAUUACCGCAAGUGAUCGAUGACUGAUUAGAUAAUUGAUUGCACUUUGUUAUCGGAUUAUAAGCAAUACACAGUGUACAAACACAUGGUUAGCGAGUUUAUUCUACAUAUGUCUGUCAAUAAACCGGGCUACCGCUCUUAUGGAUUUAUAGUAGCCCGGCGGGCGUCAGCUAGAAAAUUUCAGUAGCCCGAUGAAAAAUUUCGGUAGCCCCCGGGCUCCGCGCAAUGGAUUUGUCGGACACUGUAUGAACACCGGUUCAGAACGGUGUAUACAUAAUAAAAAAAAUUCUUCCGUUGAAAAAAGUACGCGAAAAUGUUGACAUCUUGUUCUAAACGCGGACGUGCUAAGAAAAUGUCAGUAGCGGCGUGCACGCCUAAUAUGUUUCAAUUUGUAACGCGAAACAAACCGUCGGGUAAAGACGUUGUACAGAGUGUUUUAAAGCUAAAAAGGUGUGCUCUGAGAAUGAAACACAGGAAUGUUAAAAAACAGAAUUCACUAUCAUAUAUGGUUUGUCAAUAGAAAAUUAAAUAAAUUAAUUCAUAUAAACAAGCAAACAUUGAAAAUAUGAAUACAUAAUGUAAAUUUAGUAAAUUUAUUGCAAUAAGAAUUGCUUCAAAUUGUCACAGCCUAAAAUUAAAGAGCUCAUCUCAUCCAGAAAUAAAAGGUAAGUUUUUAAUCAACUGUAAAAAACUUUUUGACACAUUGCUUUGCGGGAAAAACUAAUUGCUUCAAAAAGCUAGCAGUGAAAACUAAUUGACAUGAAAUCUUAUCUGUUGCCCUGAGCUACUCAAAACAGUUCCACCAGGGAUUAGGUGAGCAACAAAGGGUCUUAAGCCCUCUUGUCAUAUGUACUUUUUUUUACAUUUUUCAUUUUCUAUAAGUUUUAUGACAUUUUAUAGGCAUACUACUUUCAAAAUAAGAUUUAGUCGAUUUAUUAAGGGGUGCUUACUUAAAUUACUAUUUUAUCAUUUAUGGAUAAGACAAUUUUGCAAUUUGCUGUACUGCAUAAUAAUGUUUAUUUUAACCAUUACUUUGUCAUCAUUAAUGAUGUAAACAUCAUAUUUGCAUUUGCUGUACAGAAUUUUAAUGUUUAUUAUGCCCCCGGAUCGAAAGAUCGGGGGUAUAUUGUUUUUUUUGGCCUGUCUGUCAUUCAUUCAUUGUGAGUGUCCCAAAACUUUAACCUUGGUUAAAGUUUUGCAAUAACUUUUGCAUGAUUGAAGAUAGCAACUUGAUAUUUGGCAUGCAUGUGUAUCUCAUGGAGGUGCACAUUUUGAGUGGUGAAAGGUCAAGGUCAUCCUUCAAGGUCAAAGGUCAAAUAUAUGGCUUCAAAGCGGCGCAAUAGGGGGCAUUGUGUUUCUGACAAACACAUCUCUUGUUUUUUAAAUGUUCUUUAUCAUUAUUAAUUAUAUGCGAGUUAUUUUUUCAUUUGCAUUAUAAUGUUUAUUUUUUAAACAACUGUGUGAUUUUUAAUUAUGAUUAAGUCAUUAUUGCAUUUGCUGUCCAAAAUUAUAAUGUUUAUUUUAAUUGCCUACAAAACUUUUCAAUUCGUACAUGGAAGCUAAUGGGCUUAAAGUUAUCAUUGAGAAAAGAUAGAAGUUUUAAAAAGUACAGGAGACACAAUGUUUCCCAACACCUUUAGUUCUUUUUGUAGACAUGUAUACUGUAGCUAACAUAGUUUUCAAUAGUUUUAUUUCAAUUCUAUAUACGAGUCGUGGUCUGAGAAAACUGGGCAUGAUGCAUGUGCGUAAAGUGUCGUCCCAGAUUAGCCUGUGCAGUCCGCACAGGCUAAUCAGGGACGACACUUUCCGCUUUUAUGACAUUUUUCGUUUAAAUGAAAUCUCUUCUUAGCAAAAAUCCAAUUUAGGCGUUAAGUGUCGUCCCUGAUUAGCCUGUGUGGACGACACUUUACGCACAUGCAUUAUGCCCAGUUUUCUCAGAAUGCGACUCGUAUAUUGAUUUAAAAAGCAAAUAAGUCAUUAUUUGGGCUGAAAAAUUCAAAGUAGAAACAAAUGGCCAUACUAUUAACAAUCUUGCCUUGUUAUUUGUUAUGUACUUUGUACUUAUUCAAGAUUUUGUAUGAAUCUAUUACUUACGAGCCUGUUCUGUGAAAACGGGGCUUAAUGCAUGUUUAUAAGUGUCAUCCAAAUUAGCCUGUGCAUUCUGCACAUACUAAUCAGGUACGACACUUUCCGCUUGAAUGGAAUAUUUUGUUUGAAGGAAGUCUCCUAUAAACUUAUAUCCAGUGUAAGUUUUGUCCCUGAUUAGCCUAUAUGGACUGCACAGGCUAAUCUGGGAGGGUACUGUAUGUACAUGCAUUAAGCCAGGUUUUCUCUAUGCCAGGCUCGUAUAGUUUGUGGCUUUGUUUGGGGCUGCUACAUAGCUCUAGUCAGUGAUAUAUUUAGUUAGGAAUUGAUUGCAUACCUGGUAAUUAUGUUAUGCUUACAAUUAAUAAGCAGAAUUUAAUUUUAUAAUAAAAGAAAUAAUUAUUGUCCUCUACUAGUGAAACCGGAGGGGGACUUAUGGUUUGCGCUCUGUCUGUCAGUCUGUCUGUCACACUUUUCUGGAUCCUGCAAUAACUUUAAAAGCUCUUCAUAUUUGUUCAUGAAACUUGAAACAUGGAUAGAUGGCAAUAUGGAGAUUAUGCACAUCAUUUUAUUUUGUUCCUACAUCAAUAAUUCUGGUUGCUAUGGCAACAAAUAAAAAAAUAUAAAAAAUACUGACAAUGGUGAAGUUUCACCGGUAGGGGACCAUAUUGCUAUGCAAUCUCUUUUUUAGAUCAUGGUCCUUUCAUAAGUACCCAGAUUGUAUUUGUUGUAUCAUAGUAUAUGUAUACUUUACUUACUUAUUGUUCCUUUUGUUUUAACUGACAAGAGAAAAAUCUGUUAAAUUAACAAAUUACUGUGAAAAUAAUUUGUUUCAAAGAUACACAUAAUUUGAAGUAGCAAUUAUGUUAUAUUAAUUUGAAUAUACUGUUGCCAAAAACACAAGCACAACAAAACAAUGUUUUUUUUUCUUAUAUAAAUAUAUAUGUGUUUAUUGAAGUUUAUUAUAUUUUUUUGAGUCUAUAAAGAAUAUAUAAUAUGUGAUGGUAGAUGAUUCAGAUUUCUUGAUAAUUUUGUUUAUAUUUCCCACUCUAUAAGGGAUUGAACUUAGGUUAUAAUCUUUUGGUUGAGGCACAACAAGUUUUCUCCCCUAGUCACAAUUUGUGUAUAUGUUACAUAAAAACGCAAUGUUAUUUAUACAGAAUAAUUGGGAUACGUAUAUUUUAUUUUCGUUGUGUUGUGUUAAAUAAUACAGCAAUGUUUUUUUUAUAGUUUAUUUAAUUAAAUGAUUUAUUAUCUUGUGAUUUUCUAUUAUAUCUUAUGCAUGUUCCAUGUUUUUGUAAGGAGUAUUUGUCCUCUUAAAAUCUAAACACAUACUUACAUUUGAUUUAUAUUUUGCUUGCUUGAAGUAUGAUACUGUUCUUAUCUUUAAACAAAGGAAACUUAAUAAUGGACUGAACUUUAAAUGCAUUAAAUUUAAACAAUUGAAACUAAAAUAAUGGGCCAACUUUUGUUUGCAUCAAAUUUAAACAAUUGAAAAGUAAAGUAAUUGAUUAUACUUUUCAUAUUUUUUUAAAUAAUAGAUUUCACCUCAAAAUCAACCUUGGACGGCUCAAAUCCGGAUUUCCGGAAUAAUCCGGAAAAUUGACACCCCUCUAAUCUAAGAUACUGAAGUCAUUUGUUAAUUUAUAAGAAUAUCUGUACAUAGUGUUCAGCAAUUGUGGUACAGAUGGUUGCUUUAUAGUUGGUUUAAAUAGAAAAAUGGAAUCUCUUUCUGAAAGAGCUUUUAAUUAUUGGUUGUUAUUGUUUAUGCCACUUUUUUCUUCAUAAAAUGAAUUGUUGUUUUUUGCUUACAUGUUAUACGCAUUAAUUUGUAAAAUAUUUAUCUCAGAUUUAUUGGUGUUCAAAAUAAAAGCAGAUAUAUUUUUUAAAGAUGAAACUAUUUUA